AUGUUUGAAGAAUCCGUGACAUCCCUGCCUUCAAUUUGGGCUUCCAUGAACAGCUGGUUCACUCCCACUGUUCUCUUCCUCCUCCUCAAUGUCAUGAUUGGCACCAUCGCCAUUGCUUCAAACUUGGGUUCCACCCAGAAACACCAGGACCCAGAGCAGCAGCACCACCAGAACCACCACCAAGGCGGAGGCCUCGCCAGAUCUCCGUCUAUGCUGCAGAGGCUCAAAUCCAUCAACCUCUACCAGUACAGAUCCCCGGAGCCACACGCCGCCACUUUCGAAAAACCCCCGGAAACUACUGAGGAUACCCAUUACGCCUUUGAGCACGCCCACGAGCUUGAACAGCCCCAGUUCACCAGAUCCCCUUCUCUGCUGCAGCGGCUCAAGUCCAUCAAUUUCCACAUUCCACAAGAUUUCUCCAACAACCCAUCUCAGCACAUCGCGGCCGCAGCCCCGCCGCACAAGACCCAUGAGCCGGAAUCCCAUUUCGAGCAAGCUCCCGAGCACGAGGAGUUCCCAGAUGACGACCGUUUGGAAGAACACGAGCACCCAGAACCAGAAACUCCAGAUUUUUCAGAAGCAGGGGAUAAACAGAGCGACCUGGAGGAGAUUUUCAGCCAGCUGAAACCGUUACGGGACCGCCACGUGAACCGGACCAAGUCAGACACCAAGCCGGCGUCCGGCGAGGUGCCCGUCAAGCUCCCGCAGAAGAUGAAGAAAUCUGCGAGCUCCAAGUCUGCUUUUGCUCAUUUCCAGGAGGAUGAUAUCGUUGAGAGUCGCCGGCCGGCGACCGUGAGGGAGAGAAAGGUGGCGAAGAUGGCGGAGGACGACGAGGAGGUGGACGCCAAGGCGGAUGAUUUCAUCAACAAGUUCAAGAACCAGCUGAAGAUGCAGCGGCUGGAUUCGAUCAUAAGGUACAAGGACAUGAUCACUAGAGGGAGUGAUAAGUGA